AUGUUCUCCAGAGGAGCGCCUGGUGUUGGCAAGACCACAGUUGCCCUCCAGCUGGCAAAAGACACUGAGAUGGGCUAUCUUGAGGUGGACUCUCUCAUCGAGAAGGAAGAAAGCAGGCUAGGUUUCAGUCUUUCGAGGCAGGUUCCUGAUGGCGAGGGCGAGCAUAAGAUAGUUCCGGAUCCGGUGCUGUUCAGUCUCAUCAAGCAAGAGAUAACGGAUCAGUUGGCCACGGGGUAUGACGAGAUUAUCAUUGACGGCCUGAUGAUGACGCCUGAUGCGUAUUACUUCUUAAACCGAUGUUUCAACUAUCAAUCCACAUUUAUGCUCCACGCCGACGAAGAGAUCAGGUUCUCACGCUGGGUUGGUCGGCGUUGUCAUUUGGACAAGAAUAAUCUGAACGAGGCUGAUUAUGUUCGUGCCCGUCAGAAGUUCCACCGGAAUGCGCAGCCCUAUCAAGACGCUGCUAUUGCUUGGCUUCUUGACGCGGGACGUGGUGGGAUAACCAAGUCGACACGUUUAGUGGGUACCAGAACUCUUGAUGAUUGGCGAGUAGCCAACUGA